AUGGUCUCACAACAAUUGUGCGGUAUUAACUUGAUCGCUUUCAUGGCCGAAUACUUUUUCCGAUACUCCUUCUUCAAUGGCGAUCUCCACACGAACCCUGACCAAAAUAUGCAGCUACUGGGUGCUUCCCUCGGGUUGAUGUUCCUCAAUUUCGUAGCUACGAUUCCUGCAUUGUUCCUCAUCGACAGCUCCCGUGGACGCAGGUGGGUGCUGAACCGGUCAUUCCCAGCAAUGGCCUUGGCUUUGCUGGUCUCCGCUGGAGUUCUGAAGAUCAAAAAACGUGUUGUAGCCAUCGCUUUACACUACGUCUGUUUGGUAGCGUUCAUGAUCGCGUAUUCUGUCGGAGAAGGUCCAGCAGCUUUCGUCAUCUCCGCAGAGGUCUUUCCCCUCGUCAACCGCGAACUCGGCAUGAGUCUCGCAGUGUGUUGGAAUUUCAUGGGCGCCGGACUUCUCGCCGUCUUAUCCCCGUGGUUGCUGAAAAAGCUCGAUCAAUUCGGCGUACUCUUGUUGUUCGCAGGCACCAAUCUUGUCGCAUGGUUUCUUUGUUACUGGCUCGUUCCCAGUACUGGCAAGGAGAGCCUGGAGGAAGUAUUCGAGCAGCUCGACAUCACUACCUGGUUCAUGUUCAGAUACACUUUGGAGACGAUAUCACACGCACUCACCGCUCCAGUAGAAUUCUGCGUGCGACGAUUCUCCAAGUCUCUGAAAGAGUGUGGCUACCCGAAGAAACUUGGCACGCCAAGACAGGAGUGGGAGGAGUGGAAGAACCGAGCCCAACAAUCGGGAGCCACGCCUGCUGAUCAUGUGGACUCUCCCGAGUCAAGCGAUGAUGAGACAGACGUGCCGAGUGAUACGGAACCCGACACUGGAAUUGAACUACUUCAAAUGGCAACGCGUCCCUCAAGAUGA